GGAAUCCAGCAAGCAUCAGUCAGCAGUACCAUGGCCAGCAACGUUUCCCAAACAACCCUGCAGUUCUGCUAUGAGGAUGUGAAUGGAUCUUGCAUUAAAACUCCCUACUCUCCUGGGGUCCGGGUCAUCCUGUAUGCAGUCUUUGGCUUGGGGGCUGUGCUGGCUGUGUGUGGAAACCUCCUGGUGGUGAUUUCAGUUCUUCAUUUCAAGCAGCUGCACUCUCCAGCCAAUUUCCUCAUCGCCUCUCUGGCCAGCGCUGACUUUUUGGUGGGCAUUUCUGUGAUGCCCUUCAGCAUGGUCAGGUCCAUUGAAAGCUGCUGGUACUUUGGAGACAAACUUUGCAGCCUUCACAGUUGCUGUGAUGCGGCGUUUUGCUACUCUUCUCUCUUCCACCUGUGCUUCAUCUCCAUCGACAGGUACAUCGCUGUCACUGACCCUCUGGCCUAUCCCACCAAGUUCACAGUGUCUGCGUCAGGAAUGUGCAUCAGCUUCUCCUGGUUCUUGCCCCUGGUGUACAGCAGUGCCGUGUUCUACACAGGGAUCAGUGCCAAAGGGAUGGAAAACUUAGUAAGUGCUCUCAGCUGUGUAGGUGGCUGUCAAAUUGUUGUCAAUCAAGAUUGGGUUUUGAUAGAUUUUCUUCUGUUCUUCAUACCUACCCUUGUUAUGAUCAUUCUUUACAGUAGGGUUUUUCUGAUAGCCAAACAACAAGCUAUAAAAAUUGAAACUACAACAGGGAGCAGCAAAGCAGAAUUGUCCUCAAAGAGUUACAAAGCCAGAGUAGCCAAGAGAGAGAGAAAGGCUGCAAAAACCCUAGGGGUCACGGUGGUCGUAUUCAUGGUCUCCUGGUUACCAUACACGAUUGACACACUGGUCGAUGCUUUUAUGGGCUUCAUCACCCCUGCAUAUGUCUAUGAAAUUUGUUGCUGGAUUGCCUAUUACAACUCAGCCAUGAAUCCUUUGAUUUAUGCUUUGUUUUAUCCUUGGUUUAGGAAAGCCAUAAAGCUUAUUUUAAGUGGGGAAGUUUUAAAGGGACAUUCAUCAACCAUGAGUUUGUUUUCAGAGUAAG